AUGGUAAUAUUCUCCAGCUUGAGCAGUACUACAAAUGCAACCUCGCCUUAUUUUGAUGUGAUGGAUUAUGGAGCUGUUGGUGAUGGAAAAACCGAUGAUUCUCAGGCAUUUCUGAAGGCGUGGAAUGAAACGUGCAAAGCUCAGUCACCGGAUGCUACCAUGAAUAUACCAGCAAAGACAUUCUUAGUGAAUCCUGCCAAAUUUUGGGGUCCAUGUGUGCCAACCCGUAUCAAUAUUCAGGUAGCAGGACAAAUUAUUGCAAACACUGAUCAAUCCCUGUACUCGAACAAUUAUUGGCUCCACUUCGCGUAUUUGGGAGGGCUUACUUUGACUGGAAGUGGAACUAUAGAUGGUCAAGGGGCAGGUUCAUGGCCAGAGCGAAAGGGAGUGGCCGCACUGCAAUUGUUUUCUAUCACAGACCUUGAAAUCAACGGAUUGACACAUACCAAUCCCCAAAAAGCCCAUAUCUCUAUGACUGGUUGUAAUGGAGUAAACAUCAAUAACAUCACUAUAAGCGCCCCUGAAGAUAGCCCUAACACAGAUGGCAUUGAUAUUGGUUACUCAAGCCACAUUCAAAUCCAGAAUUCCAAAAUUGGAACAGGUGAUGACUGCAUUGCUAUUAGUACAAAUUGUUCCUUUAUCAAUAUCACAGACGUCACGUGCGGACCAGGCCAUGGUAUCAGCAUUGGAUCACUUGGAAAUCCUGUAUAUGGUGGCUACGACACAGUGUCAGAAAUACAUGUGCGGAGUUGUGAUUUUAUAGGAAAGAACACUACAGGAGUUAGGAUCAAGACAUGGCAGGGAGGGCAUGGAGAAGUAAGGAAUAUAACAUAUGAAUACAAUAAAUUCUACGAUAUCGCUAGACCAAUCGUCAUUGAUCAAUUUUACUGUCCUGACAAUGCCUGCCAAAACAAUACGGGUACCAGUGCAGUGGCAAUAAGCGAUGUAUCAUACACCAAUAUGGGUGGGACGUCAAGUGGAGACGACCCCGCGAUAUCUUUGCGUUGCGGUGACAAAAAUUCCUGCAACAAUAUUGUGCUUGAUAAUGUCCACAUAAAGAACUCGGAUUCAACGAAGCCGGCUUCUGCUGAUUGUCUCAAUGUUAAGGGAAUAUCAUCCCAUGCCAUGCUUUUACUACAGCUCAAGCUAAUCGCAGUUUUUGUGAUUGUCCUGAAUGAAGAUCAGCUUAAGUACUAA